GCGGCAACUAGUAAGCUGUUUAGUUAAAUAACCGAAAUAACGAACCCGCCCACUUUUAAUGGUGACUUCAGAAUAGUAUCUUAAAAUAAGCUUAGGCGACUCCUUAGCUGUACGUGAGGUGAAUACAUUGUUGUUAUGGUCGGACGCCGUAACACGCUUUGUUUUGGUGGGUGACACCGAGCGAACAGGAAACACUUCCGGGAGACGGGUGGCCGGCGUUUAGAGGAGAGGGCUAGCAGCCGCCUCGGUGCUGCUGUACGAGCCGCCAGUUUGGGUGGAGCAGGACCGUGACUUGCUGGUCGCUUUCACGAAAAGGCCUAGAAGUCACCGUGUUUGUCACCAACCUGGCAGAAGCGGUUCGCGGAGGGGUUGCUCCUAAAUACUACAUGGCUCUGACUACACGCGACCCAGUGCCCCAGUCCCCUAUGGCACACAUGACCCAGCAGGGCACCACGCCUGGCAAGGGCACAGCUAUGAGCAGCCUGAGACAGCACUUCGAAGUCUUGGUGAGAGACUUCAUCCCUUUGGGCGGCCCACGGCAUGCGGGAGUGGAUGACAAGCGCUCUCGCCAUUCCAAGCCAGGUGUCCGGUUUCUGGAGCCCCCCCAGAAGACAAACCAGACCCAAAGAAGUGCCAAUUCACUCUCAAGACAAGCCUUGGUCUUGGAGAAACCCGAGAUGAAGAUGCAGGUACCUUCCGUCCUGUUGAAGAGGAUCCCGAAUUCCUCCUCCGCCAGCUUGGCUGCCACAGGAUCUGCAUCUCUCCAUGCUGGUGCAGUCCACAGAGAGUGGGACCCUGGCUACAGAUCCAAUCAAGUGAGGAGCAGAAGCCUGGAGGGAGCUACUCCUGGCUGCAGCACCCAGGUUCCUUCUAGCCCGAGGAUACACUCAGGCUUGCCAGCCCUGCUCCCCCGGUCAUCGGAGACUCCACACCAGCCUGAGAAUGAGAGUCCAAAGCAGACCCACGACUCCCAGAUUAGACAUGGAGGGGCAUCAGCAGAGCAAAGCCCACGAAUGAGUGUCCCCAUUAAUGCCGCAGUAGGUGGCAGUGCAGCUGUAUGUCCUUCCUCCUCGGUCAAGAGGAAGGCAGGGCCUGCUGUGGAGGGGAUGUGGCAGGGGAAGAGGGCCUAUUCAGGGACCCUGGGCUCAGACAUUACUGGGCUCAGGCCUACCAGAGACCUGGGCCUGAACAAAGAGGAGAAUAGCCCAGGCGUCAAGGUGUUGCAACCCGAUAAGCCAGCUACACCACUGUGCUCCCAACAAGCUCAGAACACCAGGGAGGCUAAGCUGGGUGAGCCAGCUCAAGCAAUCAGUCAAACCCAGAUGGAGGCAUCCAGAGUACACCAGACGUGGUCAUCCACAUCGGGCCACAGAAAGCUGGAGAGCAAUCAGACCAAAGGCCAGCCUGUCGGGAAGCCCCCCUGGAGGCAGCCUGUGGGGCACGGUAUGGACAGCAACCAGAGGCUUGUCUCGGCAACGACACCUCCUCCUACUGACCAGAGUGACACUACUACUGAGACUUGUGACCCUAUAUCUGAGACUGCCCUGAAAGCUUUACCUGACUCCCCUGUCAAGCCAAAAAGCAAUACCAGUUCCAGCAGGAGUGUGGCAGCCCCUUGUGUUCCAGACAGGUGGGAUCCCCUGGACCUCGAGCUGGAGUUGGACUUGGGCCUUGGGGCCUGUCAGCUCAGCAGCAGCAGCGAGAGUGAGGAUGAGCCCCUGCUUUCCUUGCAGCAGAUCCUGGAGCGCAGCGCUCAGCCCCCCACCACGCCACAGAAGGGCACCUUCUCUGAGCCUGGAACGCCCCAGACUAAAGCACUGCUGCCACCAAUGAAAAACAGUCAGCUGGGACCCUACAGGAACACCCUGGAAACGAUGCUGAAGGAGAAGGAGCACAAUGCCAGGCUGAAGGACAUCGAGAUGAAGGUGCUUCUGUCCUGUAAGGAGAACCUGCAGAAGUUAGAGGAGCAGAGUGAGGAGGUCACUGAGGAGGCUGUCAGUCAGGAGCACCGGGAUUUCCUGCAGAGGUUUUACCUGGUCUCCAGUGCCAUCCCAGAUCUGCACCCGGGGGAGGAGAUCUUCAUGUUGGCCAACUUUGGGCGCCUGUUCAGUCUGCAGAACCUGGACCUCCGAAGAUGUGCGGUGACCCCACAGAACGUGGUUCAGAAAACCCUCUUACAGGCUGAUGCUGAGAAGCUCCCCCUGCUGGUGAGUGCAGGAUUGCUGCUGAAGGCAUACCGCUCAGUGCCCUGUCCUCCUGCGGUGUCCUUCCUGCUCUUCCAGAUGAUGUCCAUCCAUCCAGACAGAAAAACUUCCACACAGAUUCUUCGGUCCAUGAAGCAUAUUGCCAUAAUGGCUGCAGAACAGAUUGUGGAGAACAAAAACAGGGAAUUUCAGGUGUGGACUCCCAGCCUGAGGGAGGUGGCCCUUAUCUUCCUCAAUAUGGGGGUGCCAUUCAUCACCCUCUUCACCCUACAGUCUCUACAGCCCCCUUUCUCAGAGGGUGACCUUUUGCAGAGUGAACUGAUCCAGACUGAGCAUGUUCAGGAUACAAAGCCGGUGACCUUCCCAGAACAUAACGUGGAGAACGUCAUUAAGUACCUGGCAUUGAGCACCUCACUGGCCUCCAAGGCCUACAGCGAUGAUGAGCUCUUCCUGCUGCUGACCGCCACCUGCAAGCUCAGUCUGGAGACCCGGCUGCAGCUCCUGACCACGGAGGACCUGAGGUUCCUGCUGGAGAUGCUGCUGGACAACAGCAGAGACUGGGAUACACAGCUGCCACGUAUCUGCCUGGCCUUGGCUGACCUGUCGGACGACCACCACAACCUCCGGAGAUUGGUUCAUCUGCUCCCGCACACCAAGAGAGGGAAGCAACUCAGGAGGCAUGUCAGUGUGACCAUUAUCUCCAAACUGUUAGACCACAGAUUCUCCUAUAAACCCACCAACUCUGACUUUCAGCUGGCAGUGUUGCGGCCGUUCAUCCCCCACAUGCGCCCCUCACUGCUGCUCAAAGUCCAGUUCCCUGUGAGGGAGGGCCAGGCCCCGGAGGAUGGAGUCACUUCCCAAGACCAGCAGGCUUAUUACCUCUGCUACAGCCUCCUGAUUCUAAUUAACGAAGCAUCAAAUUUUGAGUCUCUUCCCUUGGGCCAAAAGAAACACCUCCAUAUACUCAGUGCGGAGCUGGAGAAGCACAUCAAGUGUGACAUCAGGGAGACUGAGAAGUGUCUGUACAGGAGUAAGGUGAAGGACUUUGUGGCGAGGAUCUACACUAGAUGGCAAAUUCUCCUUCAGAAGUCUGGGCCUUCUGAGGGUUUGCUGUAUGACUACUGGCAGCCCUUGCCUGAGGAUGCUGGGUCCGACAGUCAGCAAAGCCAGUCAAAUACUUGUCAGGAUGCAACCAUUUGCACAGAUGUGCCCGAGCCUGACCGCAGUUCCUCAAGUCCUUCUCAGUUAGCGGCUUUACUUCCUGACGACGGUCACACUCUGAAUUCUACUGCUGGUGGCAGCUAAACGCUGUGUGUCCAGACCAGUGCGACUUGUCGUCCCAGACCCUGCGGCUUGGACACGUAGCCCUUCUGUGUGUGGAGUAGCAGCUCCCUUGUAUCUUUGCACACAUGGCCGCUUUGGACUGGUCGGUAAUGGGGGGUGGGAGGGCGAAUGCAGCCUCCAGUUCGCCACAGCACCUCUGAGAACACUUCACGCCAUUUUCACUACUGCUCAUUUCCGGAGGUAUUCAGAGCUAACCAUAAAUGAACUGUCAUGUUUUUAAGUUAAGGUUUUCUCAGUGUUGAACAGUAACAUUUUGUUUAAUAAAUAUACAGACAGGUUUUCAGGUAUUUUACUUCAGACUGUUAGUAAAGGCACAAUGCUUUGGUCAUUUGUUUUGUCUAUGCCAUGCAGCCCUACACAAAACCAUGGAGUACUUUAGUAUGGUCGUUCUUUCUGUCGUCCCUUGAGCAAGUUUGGUCUUUAGCUCAGAUCUGUUCCAUGCCUCUCACCUUGGUUUUGGUUAUGGCUCAUGUACUGCUGUGAGAUGUUCAGUAUUUUGUGUUCAGACUGAUACCUGCCUUAUUUUAAUUAUAUUAGAAAACACCGAUAAAGUGUGUAUCAAAUGUGGCAAACGUGAGCUGUGGACGUCAUGCCGACAGACUCUGCUGUGGUGAGUGGGUGAUCUUGUGCGGCGCACUGCACGUAUGAAAGGCCGGCACUCUAAGCAUAUGCAGCUGUAUCCUGCCAUCUGUGCGGAGGGGCCCAUAAGAUGGGUCCCUGAACACAGUCCUGCCUCGGAGAAGCCAAGAGGCUGUAAAACAGCCUUACAGAGGCUUGCCCAGACUUCUGGACUCUCCUUACUCUUCUGCUGAUAAGUCAUGUCCUGGAUCUCGGCGGAGCCCCAUGCUGUAACUGACGACAGUGCUGCAUCUUGUGCUAAGUGAUGUGCUACUUGUAUGGGAUGCCACCCAAUUCCUGCCAGGCUGCAAGUUAAAUGAAACACAACAGGCAAAUUUUGUAUUUUACUGCAAUAUACUUAUUGUAAUAACCACAAACAAUGUUUAAAAACCAAUUGUAAAAAUGUGAUUCAUUAAAUCAUUCGGUGUGUCUUUU